UGGUUGCUGAGUGACGUCCCUUCCCAUAAUCCCAUGCGCUACGUGAGACGGUGACCCGGAAACAGCGCCCCGCCCCUUCCUGUACACAGAGCUCCGCCCCCGGUCUCCUCCAGGAGGAGGAGUAUAUAGAGGAACACAGGGGUCUCUACAAGGACGUGAUGAUGGAGAAUCACCGGCCCCUCACAUCACUGGAUGGGCCCAGUAACAAAGAUACCCCAGAGAGAUGUCCCCGUCCUCUGUAUUCCCAGGACUGUACAGAGGAGAAUCAUAGGAUCCUACAGGAGGAUCAGGUAGAACGUCUGUCUGAUAUUAAAACAGAAGAUAUAGCGGGAGAAGAAGAGACGUAUGUGACUGAUAUAAAGGCAGAAGAUAUAGAGGGAGAAGAAGAGACGUAUGUGACUGAUAUAAAGGCAGAAGAUAUAGAGGGAGAAGAAGAGACGUAUGUGACUGAUAUAAAGGCAGAAGAUAUAGAGGGAGAAGAAGAGACGUAUGUGACUGAUAUAAAGCCAGAAGAUAUAGAGGAAGAAGAAGAGACGUAUGUGACUGAUAUAAAGCCAGAAGAUAUAGAAGGAGAAGAAGAGACGUAUGUGACUGAUAUAAAGGCAGAAGAUAUAUCUGGAGAAGAAGAGACGUAUGUAGCUGAUAUAAAGGCAGAAAAUAUAGAAGGAGAAGAAGAGACGGAUGUGAGGGGUGAUCAGCAGUGUAAGGAGGAGGAGAUCCCUACAGAUAUCAGCACAGGAGGUGGACACACAAGCAGGAAUAUCUCAGAAGGACAUCUAAUGUUAUCCCCGGAUUGUGACAUAAAAGAUAAUGACAGUAGACAGGAUUCUCCAGGAGAUAACCCCAUUACCCCAAUGAUACAUACAGCUCUAUCAGCUGGUCCCUCUGAUCCUGGGAAAUGUUCUCCUGAUCACUCCGAUAUUGGUGCAUCUGUUACAGCUCUGAGAGUAGAUACAGUGUUUCCCUGUUCUACAGAUGCCAAAUGUUUUACACAGAACACAAAGCCACAGACAGGUAUGGCAGGUGAAAGGCCAUUUCCGUGUUCUGAGUGUGAGAAAUGUUUUUUCCAGAAAUCACAUCUUGUUACACAUCAGCUAACUCACACAGGUGAGAAGCCAUUUCCAUGUUCUGAGUGUGGGAAAUGUUUUACACGGAAAUCAAAUCUUGUUACACAUCAGAGAUGUCACACACUUAGCAAACCAUAUUCAUGUUCUGAGUGUGGGAAAUGUUUUAGACAUAAAUCACAUCUUAUUAGACAUAAGAAACUUCACACAGGUGAGAAACCAUUUUCAUGUUCUGAGUGUGGUAAAUGUUUUAUAGAGAAAUCAAAUCUUGUUAUGCAUGAGCGAAUACAUACAGGUGAGGGGCAUGUUUCAUGCUCUUGGUGUGGGAAAUGUUUUUUAAAGAAAUCAGAUCUUCUUGUGCAUCAGAGAAGUCACACAGGUGAGAAGCCAUUUUCCUGUUCUGAGUGUGGGAAAUGUUUUUUAUGUAAAUCACAUCUUACUACACAUCGGAGAACUCACACAGAUGAGAGGCCAUAUCCAUGUUCUGAGUGUGGGAAAUGUUUUACAGAGAAAUCAAAUCUUGUAAUACAUAAGAGAAUACAUACAGGUGAGAAACCAUAUUCCUGUUCAGAGUGUGGGGAACGUUUUACAUACAAAUCAACUCUUGAUGCACAUGAGAGAAGUCACACAGGUGCAUCACCAUUUUCCUGUUCUGAGUGUGGCAAGUAUUUUGCACGGAAAUUACAACUUGUUACACAUCAAAGAAGUCAUACGGGUGAGAGGCCAUUUCCAUGUUCUGAGUGUGGGAAAUGUUUUACACAGAUAUCAAAUCUGAUUGAUCAUCAGAAAACUCACACAGGUGAGAAACCAUUUUCCUGUUCUGAAUGUGGCAAAUGUUUUAUACGUAAAUUCCAUCUUGUUACACACCAGAGAAGUCACACAGGUGAGAGGCCAUUUCCAUGCUCGGAGUGUGGGAAAUGUUUUAAACUGAAAUCAGAUCUUAUUACACAUCAGAGAAAUCACACAGGUGACAAACCAUUUUCAUGUUCUGAAUGUGGGAAAUGUUUUACACAGAAAUCAGAAUUUGUUAGACAUCAGAGAACUCACACAGGUGAGAAGCCAUUUUCCUGUUCAGAGUGUGGGAAAUGUUUUAAGCUGAAAUCAUAUCUUGUUACACAUCAGAGAAAUCACACAGGUGAGAGGCCAUUUACAUGUUCUGAGUGUGGGAAAUGUUUUUUUAAUAAAGCAUAUCUUCUUACGCAUCAGAGAAGACACGCAGGUGAGAGGCCAUUUUCAUGUUCUGAGUGUGGGAAAUGUUUUUUAAGUAAAUCACAUCUUUUUAGACAUCAGGGAAGUCACACAGGUGAGAAGCCAUUUUCCUGUUCUGAGUGUGGGAAAUGUUUUUUAAGUAAAUCAAAUCUUGUUACACAUCAGAAAAGUCACACAGGUGAGAAACCGUUUUCCUGUUCUGAGUGUGGGAAACGUUUUUUACGUAAAUCACAACUUGUUAGACAUCAGAGCAGACACACAGGUGAGAAGCCAUUUUCAUGUUCUGAGUGUGGGAAAUGCUUUUUAAGUAAAUCCAAUCUAAUUACACAUGAGAGAAGUCACACCGGUAAGAAACCAUUUCCAUGUUCUGAGUGUGGGAAAUGUUUUGUACAGAAAUCAAGUCUUGUUAGACACCAGAAAAGUCACAGGUGAGAAGCCAUUUCCAUGUUCUGAGUAUGAGAAAUAAGUCUGCUCUUGUUGCACACAAUAGACAUUACCCAGGUAAGGAACCAUUUAAUCUUCUGCAGUAUGCUCGUCAUCAUUGCCAUGCAUUGUUCCUCAAGGGUCAAUCCUGUCUCCAAUGCUUUUUGGAAUAUACAUGCUACUAUUUUGUGAAAUAAUCACAAUGGGCUGGUCUACCACUGCUAUGCAGAUAACCUGGCUUUUGCUGUGGAGAACCUAAUACCAAUCCUAAUUGUCUAGCUGAGCUCCAGGUGUGGUUGAUGCCAGUUGUCUGUGACUCAGUCCUAGUAAAAAAUGAUAGAAGCUCCCCAACAAAGGUCAAGACUACAGCUUUGCCAACCAAUUGAAUUUAUGCUUUGGGGUUCAGGGUUAAAAAAUGCUGACUGUGUGGAAUCUGUGUUGUCCUGGAUUAUGGCUGUGGACCAUAGCCAGAACCAAGCACUUGAUUCCCUAGGAAGAUCUACCUACAGUCAUACAUACAUUUGCAUCAUCUCAUGUAGACUACAGCAAUGUCCUCUACCUGGGCCUCCCAUCAAAAGAAUUGCAACGUUUGCACCUUGUACAGAGUGCAGCAGCCAGGCUGUUACCCAAUCGCCCUUGUUCCUGGCACAUAGCACCCAUUCUCUACUGCCUUCACCAGCUACCUGUAAGAGGGUAAAUGCUUCAUAAUCUGCUUACUGACUCUCCCAGCCCUACAUGACAUGGUCCAUUGUACAAGAAGUAGCUUCUGAUUUCUUACUGCCCUGCUUGUUUACUUCCAUCUGCAGAUGAAGGACUGUUAGCAGCAGUGCCAAAAUCUCCUGUAAUUCAUUUGGGGGUCAUACUUUUAGCUUUGCAGCCCUCACCAUGGAACUUGCUGCCUCGCACAGACCAAGAGACUUCCCCUUUUCAUAAGCAGGCUGAUGACUAAUCCAGAGGUUCUCAAAUGUGGUCCUCAAGGAACCCCGGUGGUCCAGGAUUUAAGUUUCUCCAUACUUGGCUACAGAUGACUUAAUUAGCACAUCAGUCAAUUUGAUUUAACUAUCUGUGCUGAACCAUGGAUAUACCUAAAACCUGGACUGUUGGGUGCCUUGAGGGCCGCAUUUGAAAACCUCUGGAUUAACCUGUUACAUAUUUCUUUAAUGGCCAUUUAGUUCGAGUAUAAUACAACCCAAAUGCUUAGGUCUUUAUUCUGCUGUUUACUAUGCACCUCGAGUCUUGUGUAAAUGUCUAAUGCCAGUUUGGACUAUCUGUAUUGCUGCAUGACAAUAUGGCGGCCAUAGGAACGUGUUUUCAUGGCAGAUACUGAUCUUGAUAAUGAGCAUUGUGGGAUACAAGAUCCUGUCCAUAUAUUGAUCACCAUUUGACUACUCAAGUUUCAUCUGCAGUGGUUUGUUGUAUUACAUCUAUAUGGUUUGAAUACUCCCUUGCAUAUUUUCAUAAUAAAAGAUUUAGGU